CAAUCGAGUAUACAAAACCAUGACGCUUCUCUCAGAUCUAGCUGAAGUUUCGAUCUUCAUUCAUCUACUUGACUUCCCUAAUCAAAUCCAAAUACUGUAUCCAACACUUUGAUUCUAUCCUCAAAUAAUCACUUCCCAGAUAUCCUUAUUCAAAGAUUUCUCCAAGUUUUGUACUUCUCUUAAAGCGCCAUGGAAUCCGAACUUAAGGACCUCAAUUCGAAGUCCGACAAGAUCCACCCACCCGAUUCGACCCACGACGGUGCCUCCGCCAAAGACGACCGUCCCCUCCUCAAGUCCGACUCCUCAUCCGCCGCCUCAUCCGCAGCUGCCGGCUACAACAUCCAGGAGCUCGAGAAGAAAUUCGCUGCUUAUGUUCGUAACGACGUCUUCGGUACCAUGGGACGUGGGGAACUGCCGUUGAAGGAGAAAUUUUUGCUUGGGAUCGCCCUCGUAACGCUGCUUCCUCUUCGCAUCGUUUUUGGGAUGGCUAUUUUGGUUGUAUUUUAUUUGAUUUGUAGAAUAUGUACGCUGUUCUUUGCUCCGAACCGGGAGGAGGAGCAGGAGGAUUAUGCUCACUUGGGCGGGUGGAGGCGGGCUGUAAUUGUCCGGUUGGGUCGCUUCCUCUCUAGGUCAUUGCUCUUUGUGGCGGGGUUCUAUUGGAUUAAUGAAACUCCUAAAGAUUCAUCAAGUUCCCAGGAGAACUCAAAAAAUGAGGGUACCCAUGUAUCAGAAGAGAAUGAACCACCUGGGGCAAUCGUAUCUAAUCAUGUGUCAUAUAUAGAUAUAUUAUAUCACAUGUCAUCUUCCUUUCCAAGCUUCGUUGCCAAGAGAUCUGUGGCUAAAAUUCCUUUCGUUGGUCUCAUCAGCAAAUGCCUUGGUUGUGUGUAUGUUCAACGGGAGUCAAAAUCAUCAGACUUCAAAGGUGUUGCAGGUGUUGUAACUGACAGAGUUCAUAAAGCUCAUCAAAAUAAAUCUGCACCAAUGAUGAUGCUCUUUCCAGAAGGAACAACUACAAAUGGGGAUUACCUUCUCCCCUUCAAGACUGGUGCAUUUUUGGCUGGGGCACCUAUGGUGCCUGUAAUAUUAAGGUACCCAUACCAAAGAUUUAGUCCAGCCUGGGACACAAUAACAGGGGUACGGCAUGUUGUUCUACUUCUGUGUCAAUUUGUAAAUCACAUGGAAGUGAUACACUUGCCAAUCUACUACCCCUCUCAGCAGGAGAAGGAUGACCCAAAGCAAUAUGCAAAUAAUGUCAGAAGAUUAAUGGCCACCGAGGGUAAUUUGAUAAUAUCAGAUGUAGGACUAGCUGAGAAGUGAAUAUAUCAUGCUGCUCUCAAUGGUAAUAAUCGCCCGCCUAGUGUUUUGCAUCAGAAAGACGAUGAUAAUUUCUUGGCCCUGAUCUCAAUCAAUAUAGAGUCUCAGUUAAGUUUCUUAGUUUGCACCGGCAUUUUUAUAAAGGCACUGACAAACCUUAGGUGUGGUUUCUCCUAGCUUAUUUAACUCGAUUAACGCCAUUUGAAAUUGUGUUGUCAACUUUAUUCUUGUAACUUGUAGACAGCAGAUACGAUUU